AAUUACCACACACGCAAAAUAGAAAAAUUAAAACAGAACAAAAAAGAAAAAGGCAAAAAAUGAAGACGACGAGGCUGUAUAAGCCCUAACAGAUCGACUAGAAGUUCAGCCAUGGCGUCCGAUCCUAUGGAAUUAGUAACAAAUCAUCCGUCGCCGCCCAAAACCGUGUACAAGGAUCCAGAUGAUGGCCGCCAGCGCUUCUUGCUUGAGCUCGAAUUUGUCCAGUGCCUUGCUAAUCCGACCUAUAUACAUUCAGAUAAUGAUUCUUGGAAUCUAGAUUUAGCUCAAAACAGGUACUUUGAAGAUGAGGCGUUUAUUGGAUACCUGAAAUAUCUUCAAUAUUGGCAAAGGCCUGAGUACUUAAAGUUUAUUAUGUAUCCUCAUUGCCUCUUUUUUCUCGAGCUUCUGCAGAAUGCAAACUUCAGAAACGCAAUGGCACAUCCUGCAAACAAGGAGUUGGCGCACAGGCAACAGUUUUACUUCUGGAAGAACUACAGAAACAACCGGUUGAAGCACAUUCUCCCGAAGCCACUUCCAGAGUCUUCCGUUGGUGCAAACCCAGCUUCUGCAGCCCCUCCGGCACUGCCACCGACAACCAUCCCAGCUGCUGCUUCCGGCAUCCCUCCUGCUCCUCCUCAGGCUCCGUCACCAAUGCAGUACGGGAUGGGCGUCGGGUCUACUUUUGUCAAAAACGACCAAAGAAAUAGCGGGGUCGAAAAAAGGAAAAGGAAGUAACCUCUUCUAUUUGGGGCAAAUCAAUAGUUAGGUCAUGAACUUGAAUAUUGUGUAUGUUGAUAUUAAACUGUAAAGAACAUCUUUUGACAGGAAUCUGAUUGAACUCAAAAGGUUCAUUUAUCAGAAAA